AACAAGUGGAGGAUGUUAAGACCUUCUGGAGAAUUGUAACUGUCAUUGGGAUAAUUUUUUAUUUUUAUGAUUGAAGACGCCUCAACUAUCUGCCCAUAAUGAACCACCUGAAACCAACUGUCAAAUUUGUUUUUUUUUACGCUUUAUCUCCACACCUUCUUCAAUUAUUAUGUUUUCCAUUCCACUGUAUGAGCUACUCAUCUACCCAUGUUUGAGAAACCGAGGUCCCAGCAUCCUCCAGUCUGCUGGAAUUGGAAGGUGGUACAAGGGAAGAGAAAGAGACGAGAUUGCAGACUCACAGCUGAUGCUAGUGGAGAAUGUGUACUACAAG